UCUGGUGACGGCAGCAGGUCUGCUGGGUUCAGCUCUGGUGUCCCACACACACAUCCUGCAGUCGUCUCCCCCGGAAAACAAACACUGACUCUCUCGCGCAAAACACACGAUCCAUGCCUCGAAAUCAUGGGCUCUCCAUCUCUGGAGAACUCUGGACGAUGCCCCUCCUCUCUCCCCACAGCUGACAAUGCUCACUGACCCAAGAGAGUCACUCAAUGCCACUAAACACUGCUGGCUAUGGGGCUAAUCAUGAAAAUAGACGUGUAACGUGAGCUGCUAAGGAUUCCAGACCUGUCUCUGUUCCAGUCCAGCGAGAGACAGAGCCCCAGUUUCCCAUUCCUGGGGCAAACUGCUGCCUUCUCCAGCUCCUCAAACUCCCAGCUUUCCUCUCUCUACAACUUUAACACAACCUUGUCUGCGAGACACGGAGGAAGAGUGGGGAUAACUUUACAAUGCUGAAAAUCUCACUC